GCUAUGGCAUUCAAAAGGAGGGUGCUUAAGUGGCGAUAAGAAAAGAAGCAAAGCAAGCUGGCACCAAAGCAGCACCGAUUUUGAUGCAACUUAUUCACCGGCCCAUCGUUUCCCUGCGCUACAUGACUGCCUUUCUGUCUUGACUUCAGGAGAUGACGAGGACUCCGACUUCAAGGUAGCCAUCAUCGCCUUGAUCUUCUGCAUCAUGUUCAUGGCCGUACUCGCACUGAUCGUCUUUGUCCUCGCUGGUGGUAGUAGCAACGACGAGGACGAAGACGCCGUGAACGCGACUUCGAGAAACGCCACGUCGGGUGUCACUGUGCCGGGCGUGAAACCGGCGAAUAACCUGCCACCGCCGCCCGCACGCGCCACUCUGCCUCACGAGCCGUUGGAGGAAGCCACGACUCCAGCGGAAUCUUCAACUCUGGAGCGGACCGACUUCACCGAACCCCAUCAUGAUUUGCCAAGCACGCCGAGGGCAACACCGCGUGUAUUCACUACAGCUGAGAGGACUCAAUAUCUGUUGACCACCGCACCAGCUACGCAGCCGACUACCACGAAGCCGACUGCGCAGCGAACCGCUGCGCCUACCACGAGGCCGACCACCAAGCCGAUUACGAAGCCCCAUGCGCUACCGACGGGAUCCACGACUCCGCCGGUCAAGGAGAUCGUGUGCACCGUGAGCCACUCCGCGGUCACGGAUUCCAUGUACCCGCCGGACAAGUACUGCGACUACCUGUACUACUGCGAGGUGGUCCUCUCGGAACACGAACUGCACGGCGCCGUGGACGACGUCAGCUGGGCGCUGUUCCAAAAGAAAGCGGCGAGGAGGACUUACCGUCGUGUCAAAGUCGGCGUCGCCUUCGACUACCGCUAUAUCACGGCACGGAUGUUAGACGGCGCCAGAGCCGCUCUGUCGGGCCUGUCCCAGAAGAACAUCAAGCACUACGGCCUGCUGAACGUUGUCGUUUCCCUCGGAGAACUCGUAUCGACGGUGACGGCGCUUAAAUCGGUCCUCGAAAAGCUCAAAUUCAUGCCAGGCAAUGUUACCGAGAGGAAGACCAUCAUGGCCAUAGGACUGUACGAUUACAGCGAAGGGAAUGCGUGGAAGACGUACAAGGACGUGGUCAAGAACGUCGUCGACACUUACAAGGUCGACACCGUGAUCGCCAUUUCCUCGGCUGUUCAAGCGAGGAGCGAGUCCGAGUGCUACGCCGUGCCUCCGACGGCUCUUUACUCUCCGAACCCGAAGUUCAUUGGCCUGAUGAACCAGUCCGAGCUGGUGGCGCCCUGGUACCCGUACGAGAACCAAAUGGCGGUGGUGGGUCUCUCACUCGAGCUCGGAACGCUGCUAUACUACCUGCGUAACGACGCCCAGACCGAGCAGGACAUCCCGUACGCUCCAUGCGUCGACGCAAGCAUGACCAGCCUCGACGUGAUUUGCGCGCACGGUCAAUACACGCCGAUCAGUCGCGAUGGCAACCCCGUUGCUGUCGCCAGAUAUGCGUCGACGUCAUCCAAGAAGAAAGUCUUCUUGGCGGAGAUACCCUUGACUUUCAGCAACAAGUAUCAACGAAUGGCCACCGGUGCAGGCUUUCGCAACCGUAUGGCGUGGCUGUUGUACAACGUUCACCUCGGGGACCACACCAGGCAUUGCUUCCCACCGUUCGCCGCCCUCGAGAAGGUCUGUCAGCAUUUCAAGGACCCUUCGUCUUGCUAGGACGCCGUGACCUCAAUGGAACUUCUAGUUAGCAUCAAUCGUGGACGCGACCGCGACGUCACCUCAUACGCUACACAUAUGUGACGAUGGCCACAGAUGCUUACAUAUAGCUUCUAGCGGGAAGAGCCGGCGUCUCGGCGAAAGCUGCUUUACUAUAACAGUCAUUAAUGUGUGUAUGUUGUCACAUUGUUGUUGGUAUUUUUCGAUUUUAGCAAAUUUCACUCUUUGAAUUUCUCGCUCGUGCGCUGUCUGGCGAUAUCUGUGUGCCCAAUAAACAUAUUUGUGCACACAACCUGGUCACA